CUGUUUAAACACAGGAAGUGUGUGUGUUUUAUCACACAGCGCUGUUAAAUCAGUCUAUUAAUGUGUCAGUAUGGGCUCCAGUGCACUGCCUCUCAUCUUGCUGAUGUCCCUCGUUCACUCCGGACACACUGCAAAUGGGGUGGAUGAUGAUGCUGAAGCAGAGACAGAGUAUUCAGAGCCGUCUCAGACAGUCACUCUCACAUGUGACAUACAGGGAGGAGGAGAAAACAUUCAGUGGAGAUACAGCUGGAUUAAAGAUGGUUCAGUCAUCUCACGCAGCACUGAGAGAGACUACAAUAUCACAUCUGUGUUUGAUGGUGAUAAAUACAGCUGUGAAGCAACGAGAUCAUGGGACAGUGGUGGUGUUAAAGUAACUGUAUCAGGAAAACCUGUAGUGACGGUGAAGCCAGAUCAGCCUGUGUUCAGAGGAGAGAGAGUCACUCUCACAUGUGGCAUAAAGGGAGGAGGAAACAUUCAGUGGAGAUACAGCUGGAUUAAAGAUGGAAACACUGACUAUCAAUAUACAACAACAACAACACCAGAUUACAGUUUCUCAGCUGAUGCGUCUCGCAGUGGUAAAUACAGUUGUAGAGGAGAGAGAUCAGACUCAAACACAGAGAGUGAUGGAGUUACACUGACUGUAUCAGAUUUACCCACAUCUACAGUGACUGUGACACCAGCCGGUCCUGUAUUCACUGGAGAAACAGUCAAUCUGAAGUGUGUGAUAAAACCUUAUUACAGUGACUGGAGAUAUGAGUGGUAUAAAGACAGUGUAAAGUUACAGAAGUCAGAUUAUCGUUACACUGUAAACAGAGACACUGUCACUAUCAGUGGAGCUACUGGGUCUGAUCAGGGUCAGUACGGGUGUAAAGGACAGAGAGAUGGAAGACCAAACUCAUCAACAUCAAGCUCUGCUGUUUAUCUCUCUGUGAAGGGAAAACCUGUAGUGAAUGUGAAGCCAGAUCAGCCUGUGUUCAGUGGAGAGAGAGUCACUCUCACAUGUGACAUACAGGGAGGAGGAAACAUUCAGUGGAGAUACAGCUGGAUUAAAGAUGGAAACACUGACUAUCCAUAUACAACAACAGCAGAUUACAGUUUCACAGCUGAUGUGUCUCGCAGUGGUGAAUACAGUUGUAGAGGAGAGAGAUCAGACUCAUACACAGACUUCAGUGAUGGAGUUACACUGACUGUAUCAGGUUUACCCACAUCUACAGUGACUGUGACACCAGACGGUCCUGUAUUCACUGGAGAAACAGUCAAUCUGAAGUGUGUGAUAAACUCUGAUCACAGUAACUGGAGAUAUGAGUGGUAUAAAGACAGUGUAAAGUUACAGACGUCUGAUCGUUACACUGUAGACAGAGACACUGUCACUAUCAGAAGAGCUACUGAGUCUGAUCAGGGUCAGUACUGGUGUAAAGGACAGAGAGAUGGAAGACCAAACUCAUCAACAUCAAGCUCUGCUGUUUCUCUCUCUGUGAAGGAUUUACCCACAUCUACAGUGACUGUGACACCAGCCGGUCCUGUAUUCACUGGAGAAACAGUCAAUCUGAAGUGUGGGAUAAACUCUUAUUACAGUAACUGGAGAUAUGAGUGGUAUAAAGACAGUGUAAAGUUACAGACGUCUGAUCGUUACACUGUAAACAGAGACACUGUCACUAUCAGAGGAGCGACUGAGUAUGAUCAGGGUCAGUACUGGUGUAAAGGACAGAGAGAUGGAAGACCAAACUCAUCAACAUCAAGAUCUGCUGUUUCUCUCUCUGUGAAGGGUUUACCCACAUCUACAGUGACUGUGACACCAGCCGGUCCUGUAUUCACUGGAGAAACAGUCAAACUGAAGUGUGUGAUAAACUCUGAUCACAGUGACUGGAGAUAUGAGUGGUAUAAAGACAGUGAAAAGUUACAGACGUCUGGCCGUUACACUGUAAACACAGACACUCUCACUAUCAGAGGAGCGACUGAGUAUGAUCAGGGUCAGUACUGGUGUAAAGGACAGAGAGAUGGAAGACCAAACUCAUCAACAUCAAGAUCUGCUGUUUCUCUCUCUGUGAAGGGUUUACCCACAUCUACAGUGACUGUGACACCAGCCGGUCCUGUAUUCACUGGAGAAACAGUCAAUCUGAAGUGUGUGAUAAACUCUGAUCACAGUAACUGGAGAUAUGAGUGGUAUAAAGACAGUGUAAAGUUACAGACAUAUGAUCGUUACACAGUAAACAGAGACACUGUCACUAUCAGAAGAGCUACUGAGUCUGAUCAGGGUCAGUACUGGUGUAAAGGACAGAGAUAUGGAAGACCAAACUCAUCAACAUCAAGCUCUGUUGUUUCUCUCUCUGUGAAGGGAAAACCUGUAGUGAAGGUGAGGCCAGAUCAGCGUGUGUUCAUAGGAGAGAGAGUCACUCUCACAUGUGACAUACAGGGAGGAGGAAACAUUCAGUGGAGAUACAGCUGGAUUAAAGAUGGAAACACUGUCAAUCCAUAUACAACAACAACAACAACAGCAUAUUACAGUUUCACAGCUUCUGCGUCUCUCAGUGGUGAAUACAGAUGUAGAGGAGAGAGAUCAGACUCACACACAGACUUCAGUGAUGGAGUUACACUGACUGUAUCAGAUUUACCCACAUCUACAGUGACUGUGACACCAGCCGGUCCUGUAUUCACUGGAGAAACAGUCAAUCUGCAGUGUGUGAUAAACUCUGAUCACAGUAACUGGAGAUAUGAGUGGUAUAAAGACAGUGUAAAGUUACAGACGUCAGAUGAUCGUUUCACUGUAAACAGAGACACUCUCACUAUCAGAGGAGCUAUUGGGUCUGAUCAGGGUCAGUACUGGUGUAAAGGACGGAGAGAUGGAAGACCAAACUCAUCAACAUCAAGCUCUGUUGUUUCUCUCUCUGUGAAGGGAAAACCUGUAGUGAAGGUGAAGCCAGAUCAGCCUGUGUUCAGAGGAGAGAGAGUCACUCUCACAUGUGUCAUACAGGGAGGAGGAAACAUUCAGUGGAGAUACAGAUGGAUUAAAGAUGGAAACACUGGCAAUCCAAAUACAACAACAACAACAGCAUAUUACAGUUUCACAGCUGAUGUGUCUCUCAGUGGUGAAUACAGAUGUAGAGGAGAGAGAUCAGACUCACACACAGAGAGUGCUGGAGUUACACUGACUGUAUCAGAUUUACCCACAUCUACAGUGACUGUGACACCAGCCGGUCCUGUAUUCACUGGAGAAACAGUCAAUCUGAUGUGUGUGAUAAAACCUUAUCACAGUAACUGGAGAUAUGAGUGGUAUAAAGACAGUGUAAUAUUACAGAAGUCUGAUCGUUACACAGUAAACAGAGACACUGUCACUAUCAGAGGAGCUACUGAGUCUGAUCAGGGUCAGUACGGGUGUAAAGGACAGAUAGACGGAGAACCAGACUCAUCAACAUCAAGCUCUGCUGUUUCUCUCUCUGUAAAGGAUCUACAGCCGAAGCCUGAACUCACAUCAGAUCCUGCAGGAGCUGCACUGACUGGAAACACAGUGACUUUGACCUGUCGCAUGAAUCUAACCAGAGACUGGGACAUUUACUGGUACAAACACACACUGAACCCCGAGACAGAGAAGAAGAAAACACACUCCUACAGCCUGAAGAUUGAUUCAGUGUCUGAUGGAGGCCAGUACUGGUGUAGAGCUGGAAGAGGGAAACCAGUCUAUUACACACAAUACAGUGAUGCACUGUGGGUAAAUGUUACAGUGAGUCCUAAAGCUGUGGUGACGGUACGACCUGAUGAACGAGUGUUUAGAGGAGAAACAGUCACUCUCAGAUGUGAUAUAAAGUGGGCAGGAGACACUGAGUGGACAUACAGAUGGGAAAUAGAGGGAACCAACGACCGAUAUAAAAACACGGUCAGCCGAACCUCAACACAAGAGUUGAUCAUCAGCAGUGUCGAUCUCUUUCACAGCGGUCAAUACACCUGUACAGGACUGAUACACACUCUCAGCUCUCAGCGCAGUGAUGCUGUUACACUGACUGUCUCAGCUGAAGCUCAGGCAUCACUGCGAGUGUCUCCACAGCCGUGGCUGACUGAAGGAGAAUCAGUGACUCUGAUCUGUGAGGUUUCAGGCUCCUCUACAGGCUGGACGUUCAGCUGGUUCAGAGAUCAUGAUCAUCUGUCAGACAGCAGCAGAGGAGCUGGAGGAUCUUACACUCUCAGUCCUGCUGCUCUACAGCACACAGGAGUUUAUACGUGCAGAGCAGAGAGAGGACGACCAGCCUAUUACACACACAACAGCAGCUCACACACACUGUGGCUCACUGGAGUUUCUGCUUCAGUGUCUCUGGUCAUCGAUCCCAGCAGAAGUCAACACUUCUCAUCUCAGUCUCUCUCUCUGAGCUGUGUGGAUCAGAGUAACUCUGCUGGAUGGACAGUGAGAAGAUACACAGACACACACACACAAACCUGUGCCAAACAAACAGGAUCUGGAUGUGUAAUCGACUCUCUCAGCACAUCUGACUCUGGAGUGUACUGGUGUGAGUCUGAAUCUGGAGAGAAACGCCGUCCUCGAAACAUCACUGUACACGACGGUGAGGUGAUUCUGGAGAGUUCUGUUGAUCCUGUGAUUGAGGGAGAGACUCUGACUCUACACUGUUUACAUCGAUCUACAAACUCCCCGAUCUCCAGCGCUGAUUUCUAUAAAGACGGAUCACUGAUCCAGAAUCAGACGACAGGAGAGAUGAGCAUCACUACUGUCUCAAAGUCACAUGAGGGUUUCUACUCCUGUAAAACAGAGAGAGGACAGUCUCUCCACAGCUGGAUCUCAGUCACUGAAGCCUUUAAUGGUCAGAUUUCUGUCCUCAAAAUCCUCAGUUUUCUUCUGGCAGCUUCUCCGUAUCUGUUAGCGACAGUCGUGCUGCUUUUCAAAUGUUACAGAGCGAGAGUUUCAUCUGCUGAAGACCAAAUUCAGUACGCCGUAACAGAGGAAUAAACUUUUUGACAGAACACAGUGAUUCUUGCGAUUGUAAUUUAAUGUGGAAUGUACAUUUGUGAUACAAACAAAGGCUAUUGAGGUAUUUUUGCAGAGAAUAAACGAGCCCGACGAAAGACUUUUUAUGUUUUUGUAAACGAGACCCUUAUCAUCUCCCUGUAAAUACAAAAAUGCUCAUUUAAAAAUGGUGACGUCAUGCACAUGCGUGUGACGUGUUCAUUCUUUUGGCUUUUUUAAAUGAAAGGUUCAUUUCAAUAGACUCAAGGAUGAUAUAUGUUUUCGAAGCCCUUGUGUUCAAAGGUUUUGAUAUUUUCUUAAAGGUAGUAAAAGUGACUUUAUAUCAGAGGAGAUCAUUCUGAUAUUGGGAUUAUAGUGAACGUUUCUGGCUUUAUGAAGAGGAUAUUUACCCAGAAGACAAAGUAAUACUACAGUAUUAUCAAGAUGAACAUCCUUAGAAUGGAAAUCGGACA